AUGGCGGGCGUCGUCAACACUGCGCGGCUUUCAGCCCGCAUUGCAAGCAGAUAUGCUCCGCGAUAUGUCUCCCGCAGAGGCUUUCAAGUCUCUGCGCAGGACCGAGCUGCCCAAAACUACCCAAUGCCCGCCCUCUCCCCCACAAUGACCGAAGGAAACAUUGCGAACUGGAAGCUCAAGGAGGGGGACUCCUUCUCCGCCGGAGAUGUUCUGCUAGAGAUUGAGACAGACAAGGCGACAAUGGACGUGGAGGCGCAGGACGACGGUAUUCUCAUGAAGAUCACCAAGCAGGAUGGGUCCAAGGGUGUCAAAGUCGGCGAACGGAUAGCAGUGACUGCGGAGCUGGGCGACGACGUGAGCAGCUUGGAAUUGCCCGCAGAUGACAGCAGUCCGAGUCAGGGACAGAAAGAUGCCAAAGGCGCACAACAGGGAGAUGAAGAGGCGAAUGUGAAGGAGACGCAGGAGAAGGCGCCUGAGAGACAACAAGAACCGCAACAAACGUCUCAGAGCGAUGCGAAGCAGGGUGGUACGGCGCAGAAGCAGAAGUACCCACUCUAUCCAUCAGUGGAGCAUAUUCUACACCAGAAUGGCCUGUCUGCCGCGGAUGCAGAGAACAUUCCUGCAACUGGCCCGCUGGGACGACUACUGAAGGGAGACGUGUUGGCAUACUUGGGCAAGAUCAACAAGGAAUACCCUGCGCAGUCAUCUGCUCGAUUGGAGAAGCUUUCGCACCUAGACCUCUCGAACAUUCAACUUGCGAAGAAAGCAGAGACCAAGCCUGAGCAGACUAAGCAGCAAGAAGCUGCUGUCGAGGAGCCCAUACAAGCAACCGAAAUCGCCAUCCCCAUCAGCCUCUCCUCCGUCAUCGCUACCCAGAAGCGAGUGCAAGACUCUCUCGGCAUCUUCCUCCCGUUGUCGACUUUCAUCGCUCGCGCUUCGGAACUCGCCAAUGACGACCUCCCCGUCAACAAGAACCGGAAACCGACUGCAGACGACCUCUUCAAUGCUGUUCUUGGUCUUGACCAAAUACCAAAGAGCAGCAGAGGCCACUAUUUCCCCAACAUCACUGGUAUCACGCCAGCUCCUAUCCCAGCCAGGUCGACUAAGAAGCCGGACAUCAUCGACUUCCUCGCACCAAAGAAGGCCAAGACACCAAAGCCUGUAAUUCCAGUAGCCCCAGGGAUCUCGGCCACGAACAAUAUCUUCUCUAUCGUUGCGGAGGCUGGUGAGGAGGCUCAGGCUACUGAGUAUCUCGAGCGAAUGAAGCUCGCUUUGGAGCAGGAGCCCGGCAGGCUGGUAUUGUAG